CCGGUAACUCGGUGCAGGGUAGCUAACACAAUCAACAAGUCGCAUGACUGCCUACAAAGAAACGGGGCAAAAUUUCAACGCCGGUUCAAGAAAAUAUUCUUGUUUCCCAGAAACUCCAAUUGUUUCUUUGCCCAAAGGUUGCAUGGCUUCAAAGGCCUAGAACACCCUCGGCGCUUGUCGCGCAUGUAACGAGGAUCGAGGUAGAGAAAAUCUGUUUCCGAAAUAAAACUCGGCGCACUUUCAAAUAAUUUGGAGAUCGCUCUCCUGAUGAAGCGAUUGAGCGCUCGACAAUGACUCUAGUCUGAUAAGUAUAUUAUUGCUUUUACUAAAUUACCUUCCCGAUGUGAAAAUCUCCCCUCUUUUCUUGGACUAGUUUGUUGACGUUGUGAUGAGGAACACUCCAGACCGUAACCACCAGUUUGGUACGACUGGGAGCAAACCUUAUUUUAGGUCGGCUAAUUGGUCCCAUAUCAAUGGGACAUGACAUCGCCGAGCCACGGCAGUUUGUCCUUCUCUAUUUUCCCCUCUCUUCUCUCCUCGCUUAGGAAUUUGAAGUCCUUUCGUGCAGUCGAUACUGUCGAUUGAUGCCUAGUGCCUCGUAAACUUGCUGAUCGUGACAGUACCUACCCAAAUGAAAAAUGCGCGGUCAACCAAUGGCUAGCCGAUGUAGCGGCGGUUUUAAUUAGCAUGCGUAUGUUCAACAUUCAACUGCAAGUAUGGCCACUCACCAAUCGACGAUCAAGUCCCAGCGACGUCUACCGGGCGUUAUGUUUAGAUCUCGAUUGGCACUACGUUUCUUUUGUUGCGAUAUAAGAAAUUGCCGAUCCCCCAAUCUGACGAUCCGGCGAGCCCCGUCCUCAUUCAACCUCUCCAACCACAUUGUCAAACUCGCGCAUCUGAUAAACAAUGAUGAGCAUUACACCAUCUACUCCCGGUCUGACCAGCCCUCCCCACUUCCCCAAGCAACGACAAGUGCGGCGGUCCUGCAACGCGUGCAGCGCACAAAAGAUUAGAUGCGGCAAGCAGCAUCCCACGUGCAAGCGGUGCAGCGUCAAGUCCUUGCGGUGCGAAUAUAGCAUGUCGAUGCGUACCGGAGAGCGUCCUCGUCUUGUGGUGCGGAACGGCGAGGACCGAGACCGACAAGAGGCGGGAAACUUGACGCCCACGUCGUCCGGCGUGCCUUCACCAGGAUCGGAGGCUUUACAAGCGAUGGCGACGGGUAGCCCGGCCUCCCCAGGGACCCAAGCGAUUAAAGAGAAAACAUCCUUUCGGGUCCUUGCUGGUGCCGAUGAACUUUCAUACAUCCGGCAGUCGAACGGACAGCUUGGUGACACGGCGACGUUCCCCGAGUUCGGAUUGUCCGGGGACGAUGUCGAUUAUCACAACCACCAUUCGCUUUUCCCACAUCACGACUAUCCUGUCCAGCAAGAUUACACAAGCUCGAAUGGCUUGGUCAACAACGGCCAUGGCGACGGUGGCACAUGCCAAAGCCCAUCGCAGAGGGCCCGAAGAACGACAAGCAGCAACAGCUCGCUCAGGACGGAGAGCACGGGAAGCUCUUGCGUCGACGAUCGCGACGACGGUGGCUCGUGGACGAUGGGCAGCAGCAACAAAGUUCACGACUGCACCAUUGAAGCGCUCGUGCUUGUGGCGAACUCCCACGUCUCAGUAUCGAACUGCAUGACCGCCUCCAACGAUUUCAGAUCCAGGACCAAUGCGCAGUGGUUUUGCACCGGCCAGGAUUCCCCCAAGGAGAUGGGUGCCGUGAUUCGAAAGAACGAGCAGCUCCUCGGGAGGCUUGGCCAUGUGAUGGAUUGCAACUGCUCGACCAGGCAGGAGGUGUUGGUCUUGGUCUACCUGGCCAUGUCCAAGGCGGUCGAGUGGUACAAGGCCGUUCUGGGGAGCGGCGGCGAAAACGAGCCGACCACGUCUAGUUCCAGGACUGUGGGAUGGAUCACCAAAACCAGUGUUUCCAUAGGAAGUUAUUCCUUGGACAGCGACGCCGAGAGGCUUGUCAGCGCACAUUUGGUCCUGACCCAGAUCAAGAACCACGUCAACCCGCUCUUGAAGAGGUUGCAUUCCAAAGUGCAUCUAUACCCGGCGUCGGUUGCAACGUCCGAUCACGAACACGGCAGCGCGUGGUCGGCCUCCAACUUGGCGAAUGACAAUGCCGAUGCCUCUGGCAAUCUUGCCAUACCCAGUGGUGUAGGCCGCAAGGUGCUGGAGUACCACCACAAUGCGCUUGUCGAAGAGCUGAACCGGAUAUCCGAAAGGAUAGAAACUAUCAAGAGGACCGAUUGACGUACAAUUUGUGGUGUAAUACCAAAGUCGGUAAUACUUGAUCAAUGUGGGGGUUUGCCCCGAGAUAUCGUUUAAUGGGGCUCGGUCUGGGAAGAAGAAUACUCUUAAAAACUUGCAGCGCAUAGCCGCAAGGCUGGUCGUUGGUUUAUAGACUUGUAUUUAAAUGAGUCCGAAAGCGAAAUCGAUAAACUAAUUUUGUAUCCCGA